CGAAAAAAAACUAAAACCGUUCCGCUAAUUAAUGAAAAUGUGCGAAGUUCCGUAAAUGAAAAAAGUUUGGGAACCACUGAUCUAGCGCUUUCAAAAAGCCUUUUUGAAGUCUCAAGGGAACCGUAGCUGAGACAGGCAUUGCGCGGAUGAUGUUAAAAGAAUAUCAAUUAAGAUCUACGAAAACUAGGAUGUUGAGUAUCACUAUAGUCCUUGUCUUCUUUGGACAACUGGUCACUGCUAGUGAGGAUGAUAAAGCGUUGAUUUCCACAUUAUCUGAAUUCUCUCAAAGACUUUAUUAUGUAAUAGGCCGUAAGGAGGCUAAUAUAGUUUUUUCUCCACAUAGCGUUCAUUCACUGUUAACAUUGGCGUCAAAGGGGGCAAGAGAACCAACAGCGGAAGUUAUGAAGGAGGCCUUGGGCAUUACAUCCCUUGGUGAUUCGGUCCAUUCUACGUACCAGGAUAUAAGCAGAGAGGUGAGGUACCCAGACAGUGUUCAACUGGGCCUUGGAAACGGCAUCUUUGUUAAACCAGGCUUUACAAUUGACGAAAACUUCGAUCAAGACGCACAAAGCUACUACGCAGCCGCAGUGGAAAACAUCAACCUGGGUUAUCCUGGAGGGCCGGAAAUACCCAUCAACGAAUACAUCGCUAUGGAGACCCAAAACAAUAUUCAAGAUUUAUUAUCACAGGGCACCAUCAAUGACAACACUCGAAUGCUUCUGGUCAGCGUCCUCUUAUUCAGAGGGUCCUGGAAGCAACAAUUUGAUACGGGGGAGACGGUACAGCAGACGUUCCAUACAGAUAUAUCCGCGACCAAAGUUCUGGACAUGAUGCACGACGCGCGAACCAUGCGAAUCAAGAGGGAUGACGACAACCAAGUUGACGUCGGCGAGCUUUGCUUCGAAGGCGACACUUACUGCCUGUACAUUGCAAUUCCGCAAAGAAUUGUCACCUUCAUGAGCCUAGAAAACUCAUUGGCUCAGCCCAACAGGGUCAGUUCACUAUUUGAAGGGCUUAAUGAUGUCUAUGUUGAACUCGUCGUCCCGAAGUUCAAAAUAGAAACACAACUUAACCUUAAAUCAGCAUUGACUGAUCUGGGAUUUGAGGACAUAUUUGAGGAAGACAACGCAGACUUUAGUGGCAUUGGCUCUUCAGACUUGUAUAUCAACGAUGUCAUCCAUAAAGCGGUCUUCGAGGUUACAGAAGCUGGCACUUUUGGUACAGCCGCUACUGUCGCUGACGGUUCAGGGAAGUCUCUUUCUACUUCGCCUCCAUUGGAAAGAUUCAUUGUUGACCGCCCGUUCAUCUAUUUCUUGAGAAAUAAAAAUACUGGACACAUUCUCCUACAGGGUAAAUUCUCUGGUUGACAUCUGUAGUGAAUGAUGAAUCAGGAAUAAAAGAGAUUAAAAUAAA